UUAACGAUAUGGAUAUCUUCAAGAAUCAUUUCUAUAAAAUUAAUUAUCGUCUAUUAUCCUUCCUUGGUUUAUGGCCAUAUGAAAAAUCUCGUUUAAGCCGUGUUUUUCUUAUGAAUAUACCGAUGCUAUCGUUCAACUUAACACAGAUUCUUAAAUUGUAUACUUCCAAAGGAAACUUUGAUAUCAUUAAAGACGUUAUACCAAUAUGGAUUGGAUCAUCGAUCGUCAUUAUUAAGUAUUAUCUUUUUGAUUUCAGUGUACUCGAUGUUAAAUCGCUUAUUGAUGAUAUGAUAAUAGAUUGGAAUAUGUGGAAGUCUAAGGAAGAGAUUGAUAUUAUGAAGAGGUUUGCCCAUUUGGGAAGAAUAUAUACUUUAGGAUAUACAAUAUACAUAUACGCUGUUACAUCAUUAUUUCUUUUGGUUACGUUUAUACCACCCUUAAUGGACGUAAUCAUACCAUUAAACGAGAGUCGUCAUAUGAAAUUACCUGUCCUCGGAGAAUAUUUCGUUGACGAAGAAAAAUAUUUCUAUUUGAUGUAUUGUCACAUGGCUAUUUCAAUAAUGAUCAAUGUAACGGCAUUCAUUGCCACUGAUACACAAUUGAUGAUAUUUUGUUGUCACGUUAGCGGUGUAUUUUCGGUAGUAGGUUUUCGUUUGGAACACUUCCUUAAGAACAACACCAUUCAGGAUGGAUUGACCGAUCUACAAAAGAAAGAAUGUUACAAUCAUGUUUCGCUUUCGAUCAAAGGACACAAGAGAGCAUUAGAGUUCGUCAAACACUUGGAAUCUUUGUUUUCGCAUUCUUUGCUGAUGCAAUGCGGCUUGAAUAUUCUUUGUAUGAGCGUUUGUCUUUAUCAAGUAGCAGUUUUGUAUGAUGAAUCGAUAGAAGCUAUUAAAUUUAUUGCAAUGGUACUCGGUGAGUUAUUCCAUUUAUUAUUUGCCAGUUUGGCCGGACAAAAUAUAAUAGAUUCCAGCAGCGAAGUUUAUUUUAAAGCUUAUAGUGGACUUUGGUACGAGGCGCCGAUAGAAGUACGAAAAUUAUUAAUAUUGAUUAUGAAAAGAAGUCUUGAACCUUCUCGUUUAUCAGCCGGAAAAAUAUAUAUCUAUUGUCUGGAUGGUUUUUCAACUAUCCUACGAACUUCUACCUCAUACUUCAUGGUACUUUCAUCGGUUCAAAUACUUAAAUUAUGUACCUCUGAAGGAAAUUUCGAUGUCAUGAAAGAAGUUAUACCUGUUUGGGCUACAUCGUUAAAUGUCGUCAUUAAGUAUUAUACUUUUGAUCUCAGUGUACUUGAUAUUAAAUUGCUCAUGGACAAUAUGAUAUUGGAUUGGAAUAUGUGGAAAUCCAAGGAAGAGAUUGACAUUAUGAAGAAGUUUGCCCAUUUGGGAAGAAUGUAUACUUUAGGAUAUACAAUAUACAUAUACAUUUUCAUGUCAUUAUUUCUAUUGGUGACAUUCAUUCCACCCUUAAUGGAUGUUAUUAUGCCAUUAAACGAAAGUCGUCAUAUGGAAUUACCUGUCGUCGGUGAAUACUUCCUUGACGAAAAGAAACAUUUCUAUUUAAUUUAUUGUCACAUGGCUGUUACAAUAACAAUUAGUAUAACAGUAUUAAUUGCAACUGAUACACAACUGAUGGUCUUUUGUUGUCACGUUAGCGGUACAUUUGCGGUCGUAGGUUUUCGUUUGGAACACUUUUUGAAAAAUGAUGUCACUCUCGACGAAUUGUCCGAUCUUCAAAGGAAAGAAUGUUAUAAACAUGUUUCGUUAUCUAUCAAAGGACACAAGAGAGCAUUAGAAUUCGUCAAACGCAUGGAAUCAUUAUUUUCAUAUUCUUUGCUGAUGCAAUGUGGCUUGAACAUCGUUUGUAUGAGCAUUUGUCUGUAUCAAAUAAUAAAGUUGUAUAACAACUCAGUAGAAACAGUUAAAUUUAUUGCAUUUUUCAUUGGCGAGUUAUUUCAUUUAUUUGUUGCCAGUUUAUCCGGGCAAACUAUAAUAGACUACAGCAGUGAAGUUUAUUUCAAAGCUUAUAGUGGGUUCUGGUAUGAGUCGCCUAUGGAAGUACGUAAAUUAUUGAUAUUAAUAAUGAGAAGAAGUCUUGAACCUUCUCGGCUGACCGCUGGUGACAUAUUUAUCUACUGUCUGGAUGGUUUUGCAACGAUCGUGCAAACUUCUACCUCAUACUUCAUGGUACUUUUAAUUAUUUCUACUUUGAUAGUGAACAGACAUAUACUUGAAUUAGUUAUUUACAAUGCUAAUAAAUUGUAUUUGCCUGUCAUACACUUGAUUGAAAUCUUAUUGAAUAUUUUAUGGGAGGAUAAACUUCCCUCCAAUUCGUUAGAAAAUAUCAUUCAUUCUGUUUUACGUACUCUUAACGAUAUGGAGAUCCUCGAGAAUCGUUUCUAUAAACUUAAUUAUCGUCUUUUAUCUUUCCUUGGUUUGUGGCCGUACAAAAAAUCACGUAUACAUCGUGUUUGUCUUAUAAAUAUUCCAAUAUUAUCAUUCAACAUAACACAGCUUCUUAAACUGUACACUUCUAAUGGAAACUUUGAUAUCAUGAAAGAAGUUAUACCUAUUUGGGCUACAUCGUUUAAUGUCGUCAUUAAGUAUUAUUUUUUUGAUCUCUGUGUACUCGACAUUAAAUUGCUUAUGGAUAAUAUGAUAAUGGAUUGGAAUAUGUGGAAGUCCAAGGAAGAGAUUGACAUUAUGAAGAAGUUUGCUCAUUCAGGAAGAAUGUAUACUUUAGGAUACACAAUAUAUAUAUACGUUUUCAUGUUCUUAUUUUUAUUGGUAACAUUUGUACCACCCUUAAUGGACAUAAUUAUACCUUUAAACGAGAGUCGUCGUAUGGAAUUACCUGUACUCGCUGAAUAUUUCAUUGACGAACAGAAACAUUUUUAUUUGAUUUAUUUUCACAUGUUUGUUUCCAUAAUGAUUAUUAUAACAAUUUUAAUUGCAAUUGAUACUCAACUUAUGGUUUUUUGUUGUCACGUCAGUGGUGCGUUUGCGGUCGUCAGUUUUCGUUUGGAACACUUCUUAAAGAACGACGCGACAUUGGAUGGAUUAUCUGAUCUUCAAAGAAAAGAAAGUUACAGGCAUGUUUCUCUAUCUAUCAAAGGACACAUAAGAGCUUUAGAGUUCGUCAAACGCAUGGAACUUUUGUUUUCGUAUUCAUUGCUGAUACAAUGCGGCUUGAACAUUCUUUGUAUGAGCAUCUGUCUAUAUCAAAUAAAACUGUUGUACGGUAAAUCAAUAAAAGUAGUUAAAUAUAUUGCAUUAGUAACUGGCGAAUUAUUUCAUUUAUUUGUUGCCAGUUUAUCUGGACAAACUAUAAUAGACUACAGCAGUGAAGUUUAUUUCAAAGCUUAUAGUGGCCUCUGGUAUGAGGCUCCUAUAGAAAUACGUAAACUACUGAUAUUGAUAAUGAGAAGGAGCUUUAAUCCUUCUCAGUUAUCAGCUGGAAAAAUAUUUGUCUACUGUCUGGAUGGUUUUUCAACGAUCGUGCAAACUUCUACCUCAUACUUCAUGGUACUUUUAUCAAUCCAAUAA